AUGAUUCUGGAUAAGGCCAGCAUGGAAAAUAUGGAUCAGUUUUCUAAAAUAAGCUCACAGCAUGAAAAUUUGUUUACACAAAUCGACAAUCUUAACGAUAUUAGGGUUCAAAAUGAAGAUCAGAAGAAACAAUAUUCACCACCAAAGCAUGAUCAGCACGAGCCCCUUGAGGUCCCAGAGGAUUUAGAAGAGGUUCCCCCAAGUCAAGCCGUUGACCUUGAAGCCUCCCAGAAGUCGGUUCGUUCCCUCAACAGGAAUACACCGCCCAUGCCCUCCGAGGACCGAAUGCGACACUCCAUUGCCGAUAGUCUGAUGGAGAUUCUGGCAAACAUGACAAACCCUUUGUGCCAACGACAGUGUUUCGAGCUCUUACAGGUCAAAGAUCCGCUACAGGCACGCUGUCGGAUCCUCGCAGAACUGCAAAAGAUCGACGAGAGCCGGUCGAACCCCUAAAAAAGUGUGCCUUUUCAUCAGUUUGGUUUUCGUUAAGAGUUAAACAUUUAAUAAUAAAAACGUUGCGUGGCUAACAC